GCAACUUAUUUCUAUUACAUUUUCCAAUAACAAACUCCAAUAAUAACCUCCAAUACAACUUCCAAUAAGCUGAAUAAACUGUGCAGCAACAAAAAAACUUUUCAAGGACAAAAUUUCAGCUAUGGAGGGUGCCACUUUCUCGCCAGAAAGAUCACAACCAAAUGACCAGAAAUCCGAAGGAAUUUCGAUCAAUGCUAUCACAACUGCACCAGACCAGCUCUCACCAAGAGAGGGCAUUAAUGGGGGCGAGGUAGCAGACUUUCCCGACUCAGAAGAUUGGGAAAUAGUUGGGUAUCUUGAUAAAAACCAAAUCGAACAAAUCAACGGUUUGGACCCAAACUCAGAUCCAGACACACUCAAAGCACACAAAGAGAUUGAAUGGCCUGCUCUUUACUUCAAGACUUUCACUUGCUUUUCAAGGCUUCCGCUUGAGCUUAGACGUAAGAUCUGGUUCCAUGCACUACCAGAGCCACGACUAGUAAAUUUUGAGUUGUACCCGAAACCCGAACUAGUGCUACAUCAGAUCCAACACCCAGAAUUCAUCAAUAUCGCUGUCAGGGAUUAUACUCUGACUACAGAUGACGUCAAAAACAAAGAGAUGAGUCUUGAUAUUCAUCCAUUUUUUUUGACAUGCCACGAAUUUAGAGAUGUAUUUCUGGAAAAUUACGAGAGCUUCGAUAUGCAUACCCAGCUACCCGCCGAUGGUAGAUGUCUUUACACGCCGCCUAUGCUACCCACUUACUCGACUAUAUGUCAUGUGAGAAUGAAAAAUACUCCCAGUCAAUAUUAUAUUGACCCUAAAGUCGACCGAUUGGUGUUUGACAGCCUCGAAAAAUCAUUCGAGAUUCUCUCUAGCAUCGGCAUAACCUUGAACCUCUCGGCGUUUCGAAAUAUUGCAAUUACUCAGUAUUCAGAGCAAGGUAAUCGGAGCGUCGUUUCGGAAUCAACCUGGAAGGCCAUCGAAGAUAACUUCCCUCGACUCACAAGUGUCAAUUUUUGCGGGAAUUUUGCCGGCGCUCAUGUAGGUAGACUUCCCAUGAGAAUCCCGACACUUACUCGCUUUCACCCCUUAACCCAAGACACUAUCGGUGAAGUGAACAGGCAAACGCUUUACCAAGAUUCUCAUGGACUGAUAACCCCAAAUGCCUGGAUUGUCAAUGCUCAUCACAUGAAUGUUAUUGCUAGGGCAGCCUACAAAACCAAGCGAAGCUUCCUCGAGCGAUCAAAUACACAUGGCAACUACUGGAAGGGAGUCGAUUUCACCAUAUCUUUAUGGAUGGAGCACACAUUGCAUCGUGCGAAAGAUUACAUUCAAUUGCAACCCAGAAGACCAAUUGAAGGAGAUCAAGACAAUACUUACUACACUCAAGCAGUGGGAAGUUUUGAUAUCGGAAGCGCAUAUUUGAAGCGUUCGGGCGGAACGUCGGUCAUAGACUGCUAUGCAGAUGGCACGUUGUUCAAUUCUGAGACGGCCAUGAAGAAGGACCAGCUUCAUGGAACACAUGAAGGCGGUAAAAGCAAGUAUUUGACAUGGCCAUGGAAUUGCCCUUCUUCAGACAACGGUGAUUCAUACGACAACUCUCGAUUCAAGAAUCAGGUUUUUAGGGCUUUGUAGAAGUUUACAUCAGCAAGAAGAUACUAGCUUGCAGGGUACAUCACUGUUGUUGAAAUAAGUGAAUCCUAGCGUCUUAGAUAGUUUCA